CCAUAAGGAGAGAGAACUAACACACACGUGGCGAUGUGGGGUUGCUCUCACCAAUACAUGCAAAGUGUUUUUGGUUUGCAUAUGGCAAGCUGUCAGUCGGCCCACUGUUGCUGCUGCACGAGGGACGAUCGAUGCAAGUUUGUUUUGAGGUGGUUGAAAACAGUUGUUUUACGAAAUAAAAGUGGAAAACCGUUGCUGUGAGUGAUGGAAGGAGAGGCGGAAUCAACGUCUUCCCGCAAUUCCCCACCCGCCACCAAGCGGCGCCGCAUCAUGCCGCUGAGCGAAAAGUUCACCAUCGUGAACCGGCUGGCCGCGGGCGAGGGCAGUUCGCGGAUCGCUCGCGAUCACGACGUGGCCGAGUCGGCCGUUCGGCGCAUCGGCAAGCAGCAAGCCACCAUCCGGGCCGCGGUAGCGACGCUCGGUGAAGAGGGCGCCGAGGCAGCGCUCCGGCAGCGGAACCUGCGGCUGUACAAGAUGGAGUCGUGCCUGCUGGUUUGGCUGGAGGACAUGAGGGCGAAACGGUUGCCGGUUUGGUGCUCGAAGAUUUGCUCGAAGGCGGUGCAGAUUUACGAGGCGAUCGGGGAGCUGGGGUACGAGGACUCGGCGGAGUUUUUGGCCAGCUUUGGGUGGUUCACGAGGUUUCGCAAGAAGUAUGGGUUGACGGAGGUGCGACCGCACGCGGAUCGGGUGCCGCCGAUCGAGGUUGAGUUCCUGGCGUCUGUGAAGAACAUGAUCCGGGAUGGCGGGUUCUCGCGGGAGCAGAUCUUCAUGGCGGAGAGGACUACGUUCUGGUGGAAACGGUUUCCGGGGUUGGCGGAACAGGAGAGCGUCAGUUUGAUGCUGUGCUGUAACGCUUCUGGAGAUUUUGUAACGUAUCAAAGGUUGGAGGAAGAGGACGAUAAGACGGUACAGUUCCUAACCUGGUUUAUCGAGCAGUUUGUGCCGCAUAAGACCACGUAUUUGCAGGUCAACGAACUCGACAAAGAUUCCAUGCUCGUUCUGGCUUCCGACGAAAGCUAUCCUCAAGAUCUGUACGAGGACUCAAUCAAAAUAGUGUACCUUCCCCCGGAAUGCAACUCUUCCCUUCUGCCAGCGGUUCAGGGAAUCCUCCAGCACCUGAACGCCGUAUACCUCAAGAACCUGUCCGAGUACCUGAUCGCCGAAGUCAACACCGGCAUGCCCCUCCGUGUGGUGUGGCACAGGUUCACCCUGGACCAAGCCAUGCAGCUGCUGUCCAAGUGCAUCGCCCAGCUGCACAAAUCCACCCUCGCGAUCGCCUGGAUCAAGCUGUUCCAAGACAUUCCGGGUCGGUUCUGCAACGAAAUGAUCCUGCGCCAAAUUACCGCGAACGCCGCCACCCUCAAAAUCAACAACAAUUCAAUCAACCUCGCUCGCAAGCUCAUCACCCCGGCCGAACUGACCACCGAAGAGGUGAUCGAACUGUUCCACAAGCAGCAGAUGGAAAGGAUCCGCCUUGAGGGUCUCCGAACGGAGGUCAAGCAGGAACCGGUUGACCCCACGCUGAUCUCGGAACUCGACCGCCAUCUGGCGGCGCUUGCCGAAGCACGGGCGUUUUUCAUGGCCCACGACCGGAACGGGUUGCGGCAGAAGUUGAUCACGAAGCGGCUCGAGCAGGUUUGUGGCUGGGCGGGUGAGAUGCGAUCGGAACUGGUGGAACAGGUGGGUGAGCGAUCGGAGGAGACAGGGGCGACGGUGGUGGACGGAAGUGGAGCUGAAGUGAUGGCAAGCUGUGAAUUGUAUGAAGAGAUUACCAUCAAGGAGGAGACGUUGGGUUUUGAUUCGGAGGGGGAGUGAAUGAUG